AUGCUUUCUUUCCUGUCAUCAAUGAUGGAUUAUAAUAACUCAAAUCAGGAUUAUGAUUUGAUACUCUUAUAUAAGUAUGACUCAAUAAAUUCCAUAUCAGUAUACUUUGCUGUUAGUCCUGGCAAAUGUGUCACCAGUGCUGUUCUAAAUCUUCUUGAUAAAUUAAUAAAAAUAAAUGUUUCGCAACUUAUUGAAACCAUCCCAAAUGAGGCAAAGGCUGUAGAAUAUCUUCAAAAGCAUGGUUUAAUUCCUGAAACAAAGGAAUGUAAAAAUGGCCAUCAAAUGAAGCUUUCUGUUGGCACAGUGAUCAGAUGGAGAUGUUAUCUUAAGGACUGCAGAAAACAGGUGGGAGUGCGGGUCGGAACAUGGUUUCAAGGAACCAAAAUGCCAUUAAAAACGGCAAUUAGAUUCAUAUACCAUUGGGCAAAUGAGGAAUCGUCCGGGGAAAGAAUGAAAAGGGAAUUGGAUCUGGAUCCAGGUACAACUGUAGACUGGAACAGUCUUCUCAGGGAAGUGUGCCUUUUUAUGGAGAAAAAGGACGAAAACAUGAUAGGAGGAAAGGGAUAUACUGUGGAAGUGGAUGAAACCCUGCUUGCCAGAAGGAAAAAUCAUGCCGGAAGAAUGUUGGGGCAGCAGUGGUGUUUCGAAGGGGUUUGCAGGGAAACUAAGGAAUGUUUCGUGGAGCCUGUAGCAGAUAGGACUUCAGAAACUUUAAUGGAGGUACUGAAGAGAAGGGUUCACCCAGAAACCCUUAUUAUCUCAGAUAUGUGGAGGGGAUACUCCCAAGUAGGUGCUUCUGGGUAUGAGCAUUUGAAAGUGAACCAUAAAUAUAAUUUUGUGGAUCCACUGACAAAUGCUCAUACCCAGAACAUUGAAAGGGUAUGGAGAUCCGUAAAAGAAAGGUCCAAGAAACAUAAUGGAACCCAUAGAAGCAUGUUGGACGGAUACAUGCACGAAUUUUCAUGGAGAAGAAAAAAUAAAAAUAAUGAAUUCCAGUCCAUAUUAAGGGAUAUUAUUAUUUUUAAUAAUUUUUUAAAUGAAGAAUAA